AUGAAAGUGUUGCUGUUGUUGUUAUUGUUGCCAUUGACUCUGGCAAUUCACGAUGCUAAGAAUAUAGUGGGACCGCUGUCCUUUCCCGACACUAUUGAUCUGAAAGGAUUCCAGCUUACUGGUGAUGCCAUAUUGGACACUAAUAGGAUUGUUCUUACCCCUAAACCGGUCAUUUCUUCGUCGGAUGAGGCAGGACUGAAGAUUGACGGCGCCCUUUGGACUGCGCAUCCACAACAGCUCGGUAAGUUUACCACCGAGUUUACUCUGAGAUCGGUAGGCAACUACGGAAAAACAGGUGCUGAACUCGAUAUAUUUCUGGUUGAGUCUAUCAGUGAUGAUCUAGCUACAUUUACAGGUAUUAAGAUUCAAAUUGACUCGAACGGUGAGACUGGCUCUGCCAUUAAGAGUUAUCUAUCAGACGGAUCUUCCGUCCAUGACUCCAACAAGUUCUUCUCGUCGUGUUUGUUUGCAUACCAGGGCAGUCAGGUUCCCAUGAUUGUGAAACUUUCAUACGAUUUGAAGACUUUGAAACUCACUAUCGAUAACAAGAUCUGCUUCGAAUCAGACCAGAUCAAGCUUGAUCUUGGCAAAAUUCAUCUCGGGGUGGUAGGAUCGUCUCCCAAGGACGUUUUGAAAUACGAGCAAUUUGAAGUCUUGAAGCUCAAGACUUAUGACGAGGUCUGGGCUGAAGACUCGCAACAGUUGCUCCCACAAGCGAAACCCGUUUCCAACGUGCAAUUGUUCAGAGAGCAACAGCAGAGGCUUCGCGAGAAAUCCCAGGAAUCACUUGAGUCUAAAGAAACACAUGAUUCCAAGGACUCACCUUAUGAUACGUUGGUCAAUGAGCUGCUGGCGAAAUUGGACAGCCUGGGAACAGGGUCGGGAGCUGCCAGUCAGUCGAACUUGGUGAACAUGAACACGAACAAACAGCUCACGGAGAUAACCAAGGUCAUCAAGGUUCUGCAAGAGAAACACAACGAUUUGUCGCAAACUCUGACUCUUUUGGUCCAGUCCGUUUUGAAGGUGGAAGCCAAGGUAAAUGCUCUUGAGGGUGCAUCUUCCGAUUACCUGGGAAGAAUGGGCAGCUUUGAUACAAGAUUACUCCAAUUCAACUCAUUCAUGAAUUUCCAGAAGGAGGCCAACGGAGUGGAAUUGUCCAAGCUCAACUCCAUUCUUGGAAUUCUGCAAGACUUGGAAGGUCACGGGAAGCAGGAUAAGUUCCAUGACAAAAUUGACUCGUUGUCGUCGUUCAUGAAGUUUGUGCUGAUCCCAAUCUUCAUUGUGUUGAUUGUGCUCUUCAUGGCUGUGUACAGGCUGAGGAACGAUAUCAAGCAUUCAAAAAUCUUGUGA